AUGGCUCACGUGGCUCACGAAACAGUACUAUCAGAAUGCAUGUCGUCUGAAGUAAUCAGCACUAUAAAACGACUCGAGUGUCAACUUACACAGCUGCGCAAUGAGCAGUUUGCCCUAGCCCAAUUACUCGCUGAAGCCGUUAACGUAAACAACCAAAAUGAGGAAGAACUUUUAAAAGUAAAAGAAACGAUGGCUAGGAUAUCCAAGUAUUACACAAAGUUGUCAUCUCUCCGGUCCACGAUGGCAUCGCUGAGUACUCAUGCUAAUCAACUUCAGCGACGUGCUGAAACGCUCAAACGCGUCAAGAUUCAACACCUUUCUCAAAUCGAUGAUAUUCGGCACGCUGAACAAGCUCGUGAUCAAGCUAUUGCAGCUAAAAUGAGUGAAAACACUAUCUCCACGGCAACAAGAUCAGUAUCUGAGGCAACCGUGGCAAGAAAAGCAACAAGCGAAAAAGCCAAAUCCUCAACGACCACCAAUACGAUGCCUGUGAGCAAGUUAAAAAAGAAGAAAGCCAAAGCACGCGAAGUAAAAAUCGCUGAUGAAUCAUGGUCUCCUUCACCCUUGCGCAAGUCCAAGUCAAGCAUGACCAACUAG